AUGGAUCGUUAUUCGAGGAGGAAUAUAGAGGAUCUUGUUGUGCCUAACUAUCAAGAAACAUCAGAUUCAUUCCCAUCUCCUGAUGUUUGGAGUGGUGGAUGGAACAUGAACACAUCAGAAGCAGCUGCAGAGAAAUGUUUUGAUUACGAUGUGAUUAACAAUGGUUUCAGUGGAGGAUUAUACAGUCAGAUAGAUAUGGAGAAGAGUGAAGAACUACUUGUAAAAGAAGAAGCAAAGAGGUUAAAAUCUAGUGGUGAUGGUUGUUUCUAUAACUCAGCUUCUUCGCUUCAUGAUUUCGAUGGGAUCCAACAGAUGGAUGACAUGUUCUUAAGUUCCAUUUUGGAGGAUGUUCCAGGGAAUGAGAAUCUUGAUUCUUUCAAGGAGUCGGAUAAUUACAACAGUUCCGGUUCUUCCUCUGCGUAUCUCGAUGGUCGGGAAGUCCCCAUGUUCAAUUACAACUGGGAAACUUGUCAAGACAUGCCUUUUAUGAUCUCGGAUUUGUGCGAAAUGAACAUGGAGGAACCGUCUGCCGAAGAAGUUGUAUUGCAGGAUUUACAGAGAGCUUCAGAAAUGUUGACUGAUGAUACCCGCAAGUGCUUCCGCGAUACAUUUUACCGGCUUGCGAAGAACUCACAACAGAAAUCGGAAUCAGACAACACAACAUCAGAUGAGUUCCUUGAGGAUAGAACAAGUAGGAACAGAAACCAGAAGAUGGAAUCGGAAACAAACUCAAUCGACAGAGCGAUCGCAAAUCUCACAUUCAACAAGAUGGAAUCAAACAUGAGAAAUUUGCCUCCACCAAAGAGAUUAUCUUCUAUUCAAGGCUAA